CACAACAGUCUCCCCUCUACGGUUAUGUUCUUUUACGUGAUUGAGCUUUUUGCUUAACUGUUGGAGGUUGUAGGGGUUGGUAGGAGGGUCAUAUCCCUCAGACGUAUCUCUUCCUGCUCAAUCCUGAAACUGGGACUUAUACCCUGAGGUGGCAGCAGCUUCUCACGUUCAUCUCCUGUUCUGUGUAGUGUUGCAAUAGGCGCUCGUUCGUCAAAUCCGUGAAACACCUGUUAUCGUGGGAUGCAAGUAAAGCAGCUUCGUGAGCCAAUGAACAUAGUAGUAUCUCCCGGUGGAUGGAAGGCGCGCGUGCAGUCGACGCCAAGGCCGUAUGGAGGCCCAGGCUUAUGCUGUGGCGGACGCUUGCCACCUACUAAUGCCAUGGCAGGAGUGGGCCUUCAGGUUCCUACGUCCACCAGCUCGGCCUCUGGUAAUCUCCGCCACAGCGGGCUAACGAGCAGCAGCGGUCAGCCGCAGCAGCAGCAGCAGCGUGCGCCCAACGGUCCCCUCCAAACCCUUGUUCGAGCAGCCAAAGAGGCCCGCGUGCUUACAUCAGCCCCGCCUGCUGACCCUUUGGAGGUGUCGUCUCGGUUACAAUCCACACGAAGCUGGCCAGCCCUUCAGGUGCUUGCUUUGCAGUACCAGGGUCGCCUGGACCAGGCCUCCAUGGUGGCGUUCUUCCGUAGAGCGGCACAGCUGGGGGCAGCAGCCUCCUCGACAAGCGCCUCUCCCUCUGCUUCAGACAAGUACGCAUGUUCCCGGCUGCUCGAAUCCCUAGCUCUCAGCUGCGCGCCCCUGGUUCCAGACAUGGGCCCCGCCACCGUAGCAGCGUUGCUGGGCACCUUGGGAGCACUGGCAGCAUGCGGACUAGUGGAUGUGCAGGGGGUGCCGUACCCAGUUGUAGCGCUGGUCCAGGCGCUGCUGCUUGCCUCGCUGCCGCAACUGCAUGCACUUAGCGGCGCACAGCUGGCUUUCAGCCUGCGGGGCUGCGUGCUGCUGUGUCCGGGGGGCCUGCCGGAGGUGUGGCUGGACGAGUGGCUGGCGGCUGCCGGGGGCCCGGUGGUGGCGCAGAUGCCGCCGCAGGCGCUGGAGGCGGUACUGAGCAGCUUGCAGGAGUUGUACACGGUCCAGGGCUGGUCGCCCGGCGAUCAGUGGCUAUCGGACUUCCUGCGGGCGCUGGAGGGGCGGCUGGGGGACUACGAUGGCCAGGGUUUGCGGCGGCUAGCGGUGGGUCUCGCCGGGUUGGAGGUACGACCGCACUCCGACUGGCUGGGCGCUUUCAGGGGCGCCUUCGACUCGCGCGUGGCGGCUGCUGAGAUGGAGGCGCAUGACGUGGCAGGGGUGCUGUACGCGUUCACUAAACUGCAGGUGGCGUUUGCGUAAUGGUGCUUGGAGAAUGGGUGUGUGUUACACUGUUGGGGGUACGAGCGCGGGGAGGUGCUGGAGCUAUCGUUGGAUGCGUGUGCGUGCUGUGAAUGCACCAGCGAACGAAGCUAAAAUGUCUAUUACAGGUUUACAACGUCAUUAUGUUGUUAUAUAUGUAUCUAUUGGGGAUGAGGACGGAGAGUAAACUGCGGAGGGUAGGGCAGGUAGGGCAGCAGGCAGGUAGGGAGGAAGCCGGGGAUGUGGAUGAAAAGCAGGUGGGCUGCAGCUACACGCGAACAGGAGGAAGUGGAUGGUAUUCCUGAUGGUAAACCGAGAAUGCAGGUGAGGAUCUGGGCAAGACGCGGCAACACGGCAGGACGGGAAUCUGCGUCACACGACUGUAGGCUCCCCGCGUGAGUUUGCUUGCCAG